AUGGUCUUGCCACGCCUAGAUUCCGAACACUACAAGGAGGAAGUCAAGAUGGACAGCGAGACACCAAAAGAAUGUUUGGCAAGCGAUAGCACAAAGACACAAGAAGAUGUAAGUGCCGAGCUGGACGCAAUCGCCACACAACCUUCCGUCUACGAUGAUGAAGAAUAUGCAAAAUUCAACAAACCCCAUCCGGAAUGGGAGAACAUUCAUAGAUUUGAUCCAAAAUUCCGUUGGACAUGGAGAGAAGAAAAGAAGCUUGUAAAAAAGAUGGAUUGGCGUAUUGCUCUCUGGGCGGUAGUCAUGUUCUUUUGCUUAGAUCUUGAUCGUGAAAAUAUUGCACAAGCAAAUAGUGAUAACAUGUUGGAAGAUUUAAGAUUAACACAAGCGGAUUAUAAUUUGGGUAAUACACUUUUCAAACUUGCUUUCUUAUUAGCCGAAUUACCUUCACAAAUGAUCAGUAAACGAUUAGGACCUGAUCGUUGGGUACCUGCACAAAUUACGCUUUGGAGUAUUUUCAGUGGCGCUCAAUUUUUCAUGAAAGGUCGUUCAUCUUUUUUGGCGUUUCGCUGGAUGAUCGGGAUGUUGCAAGGUGGUUUUAUCCCGGAUAUCGUUCUAUACCUUUCAUACUUUUACACUCGUACUGAACUUCCGAUGCGUUUGGCAUUCUUUUGGGUUUCAAAUUAUUUGGUCAAAAUUGUUUCUCCUUUCUUGGCUCUUGGGUUACUGCGACUUCGAGGAGCUAGCGGACAUGCUGGCUGGAGGUAUUUGUUCUUGAUCGAAGGUUUGAUCACUUUGAUCGUUGGAGUAUUCUCAUUUAUACAGAUGCCGGCAGGUCCAACGCAAACAAAGAAUUGGUUUUAUCGUAACGGAUGGUUCUCAGUCGAAGAAGAGAAGCUGAUCGUAAAUCGUGCAAUCCGUGACGAUCCAAGUAAAGCAGACAUGCACAACCGACAGGGCAUUGACUGGCAAGGAUUCAAAAAGAGUUUAUCCGACUACGAUCUUUGGCCGAUGUAUUUGAUUGGUCUCAUUUUCUUACUUCCAUGUUAUCCCAUCGCAAACUAUCUAACCAUUCAAUUACGCAAAUUUGGCUUCACGGUGGAAGCAACAAAUGCACUCAGCAUUCCAGCUCCUGUAUUGGGCCUAUUGUUAUUGAUCUUAAUCACUAUGAUUUCCGAAAGGGUAAAAUAUCGAAUCUUUGUUGCCAGCUCGAUUGCUGUGUGGAACGCAAUUUUCCUGUUCACCUUAUUUGGUCUACCUGCCAACGCAAGCAAAUGGACUUAUUGGGCAAUUGCAUCCCUCCAACAAGCUUACCCAUACGUACAUGCGUUGCAAGUCGCUCUCGUUUCACGACAAGCUGGUUCAGUACGUACACGAACAAUCAGCGCAGCAAUCUACAACAUCACCGUUCAAAUCUCUGCAAUCAUUGGAGCGAAUGUUUAUCAAGCUUCUGAUGCACCUUUGUAUAGAAAGGGCAAUCUUUCAAUUGCGAUCUUGAGUUGUGCAACAUUUGUGAUAUAUAUCGGCGUCUACUUUUAUUAUAAAACGAGAAAUCAACAAAGGGACAAAAAGUGGAAUGCCAUGUCAAGAGAAGAACAACUUCAAUACCUUGCUACAACGAAGGAUGAAGGAAACAGACGAUUGGACUUCCGAUUUGCCAUUUAG